CGAGGCCAUUUGACAAAUGAUUAUUGUUUCCUUUGAAGAAAUUCUCGAGUAGAUUGAAGAUAGGUGACGAUGAUAAGAGAAACAAUUAUUAUUCAUUCGUAUUUCCUAGUUCUGAGUUUUGUCGCCCAUUAUUUUUCACCUAGUUAAAAUACAUAAAUCGGUGACCAUUUUAAUGACUUGUGUCAUGUGAAUCGGGUGUACAUUUUUCAUUGUACAUAAGUUCGUUAGAGUACAGAGUAGCAAUCGGAUAACUGUUAUCCAGUACACAAUGCUUAAAUCUACUCGUUAGAUUUAUAAAGAAAGAGAAUCCAUUAAAAUAACUAUGUCAGAACACGAGGAUCGUCAGAGUGUACCUGCCAACAUACGCUACUCUAGGGGUUUCUCAUUUUUACGUUUACAACUGCCAACAUCCAAUGAGUUUAGUGAUUUAAGACGGCCACAAAGAUCCCAUAGUCAAGGCUUUCUCACUGGUUUGUCCAAUCGUUUACCGUCGUUUUCUAUAACUGGUCCAUUAUACGAUGAUAGUCAAUUACCAUCUAGUAAUACAAGCAAACGAUUCAGCUUUGCAAAUUUCAGAAAAUUUUCAUCGGCGAACUUGCAUCCUAGCGAUUCAAUGGUGUCGUUAUGCUACAGAGCUUUGCACAAUUAUAUCUCGGAAAACAAUCUAGAAGGUCUUCAAGGAUUUCUCGAAAACCGCCGUGUUCUUGUUGAUGAUCGCGAUGAUAAUGGUGCUACUGCUCUUCAUUAUGCUGCGAGUAAAGGGAAAUUACAAUUUGUACGAGAGUUAAUUAAUCAUGGAUCAGACGUUAAUAUUGAGGAUAACGAUAAUUGGACUGCAUUAAUAUGUGCAGCUAAAGAAGGACAUACCGAUAUAUGUACAGAACUAUUAAGUCAUGGAGCCGAUAUCGAGCACAGAGAUAUGGGUGGAUGGACUUCACUUAUAUGGUGUAGUUAUUGUGGACACACAAAUUUGGCCAAUGUUUUACUGGACAGAGGAGCUGACAUAAAUGCUCAUGGAAAUUUUCACAUUACAGCCCUUGUGUGGGCUGCUGGUAGAGGACAUACCGAAUUAGCUUGCAAUUUAAUAGCACGCGGAGCUAAGGUCAACGUAGGCGAUAAGUAUGGAACAACUGCAUUGGUCUGGGCAAGUCGAAAAGGUGAUAUCGAACUUGUUGACGCCUUAUUGAGAGCUGGAGCCAACGUUGAUACUGCUGGAAUGUAUUCAUGGACUGCAUUAUUAGUAUCAGCUAUGGGCAACCAUACUGAAGUCGUGAAUCUUCUCCUUGAGCGAAAACCUAAUGUUAAUGCCUUAGAUCAAGACGGUUGCACAGCUUUGACAAUUGCUUGUAAAGAAGGUUAUUACGACAUUGCCAAUUCCCUUUUAAACUCUGGAGCUUAUAUUAAUAUACAGGAUCGUAGUUCGGACACUAAUUUAAUACACGCAGUCAAAGGAGGUCAUCGAAAUAUUGUUGAAGCUCUUUUAAAAAAGUAUGCGGAUGUCGAUGUUAUGGGAAAAGAACGCAAAACAGCUUUGUAUAUAGCUGUUGAAAAGGGAAAUACAGCAAUAAUAAAGUUAUUACUUGGUGCCAAUCCAGAUUUAGAAAUUUCUACAAAAGAUGGUGAUACACCACUGAUGCGAGCCGUCAGGAACCGCAAUGCUGAAGCUGUUCAACUUUUAAUUGAGAAACGUGCUCGAGUAUCGGCAACUGACAAACGUGGUGAUACUGCACUACAUAUUGCAAUGAGAGCAAGAGCCAGAGGAAUUGUAGAAAUUUUACUCCGCAAUCCAAAAAAUAGUCAACUACUGUACAGGCCGAACAGAGCUGGCGAAACACCUUAUAAUAUGGAUGUAAAUGCCCAAAAGCCUAUACUUAGUCAGAUUUUUGGCUCACGAAGACUAAACACUAACGAAGACAAUGAGAAUUUAUUAGGCUAUGAUCUCUACAGCAGUGCAUUGGCAGAUAUGCUAAGCGAACCUACUUUAUCAAUGCCAAUUACUGUUGGACUGUAUGCUAAAUGGGGUAGUGGCAAAUCAUUUUUACUAAACAAAUUAAGAGAGGAAAUGAAAAACUUUGCUCAUCAAUGGACGGAUCCAUUUUUUCAGUUUCCGUGGUUAAUAUUAGGCGUUGUUCUUCAUUUUAGCUUUAUUACUGGUACUGCAGUUGUGGUUUUAACAUCGUCUACACUAUUGGCAAUUGUCGCAACGUUAACUUUAUUAGGUGCUGUUUUUGUUUUUCUGGUUAUAAUCUACUACUGCAGUCACAGGUUAGACUGGGCGUAUAAUUCAAUUAAUUAUCUAACACAACAAGUAAACACUACUCGAAUUAUACUACAGAUAAUAUUUUGUCAUCCACCUGGCUCAAGCUGGGGUACAUCGGUUACAGCACAGCCAAUAAGAUUUUAUUUCACUGACCAAACUAGAGUAAGUAGCACAACACCUGGGGAAAGUACAAUCGUUCAAAUGAUUGGAUCACUGUAUGAUUCAAUUGAAAAAGAUUUUGGAUCAAUAUCUACUCGUUUAUAUCGAGCGUUUCGUCCCAAACCUGUUAAACCGACUUCACCUUGGAAAUGGCGCAAAUUAUGUUGUAUGCCGAAUAUAAUAUUAUUUGAGAUGUGUUUUAUGUGUGCAUUAUUAGCAGUACUUGUUGUUGCCAUUCAUUAUGGACAACUUUCUUUUGAUGAUGGAAAUAAUUCGUUUGACCAGGCAAUUGGUAAUGUUAUACUGUUUGGUUGUGGAAUAUUUAUUUUAUUUCUCUUCAUAGGCAAUUUGUAUACGUUCAGUCAGUUAUUACAGUCGUUAGUAUUUUCACAACGCAAACAACUAAGAAGAACUACUUCAAAAUUAGACACUUUAAAAUCUGAAGGAUUUAUUCAAGCUCUAAGGACCGAAGUAAAUUUGAUGACUGAAAUGGUGAGAUGUUUGGAUGCCUUUACUCAACAACAGACUAGAUUGGUAAUAAUCAUCGACGGUCUUGAUUCAUGCGAACAAGAUAAGAUAUUGCUUUUAUUAGAUGCUGUACGAAUGUUAUUUUCUGAACAAAAUACACCUUUUAUCGUAGUCCUAGCAAUCGAUCCUCAUGCUAUUUCUCAGGUAAUUGAACUUAACAGUCGACGGCUAUUGAGCGAUGUGAAUUUCUCUGGACACGAUUAUCUACGAAAUAUGGUACAUUUGCCAUUCUUUCUUCAAAACUCUGGUUUACGAAAAGUGAAAUUGGCUCAAAAAUCGUCUCAGUCACACCGAAAGAGCGUUACGAACCAAAUGGAUGACUGUGGAUUAGUGCAUUCGGCUUCAACACGAAGAUUAUCUAGCGAGUCUACAGCACUAAAGCCCUCUAUGGGGUCGUCUACCGGACUCAGUAGAAGCAAAGGUAACAUAAAUUCUACAAGAAGCAAAUUAAAAUCUAGCGAAAGCAUUGCCAGCAGUAUAGCGAGCAACAUACAUAGAUUGGGUGGACCACAGGAUCUUUCAAAAAUACUAUUGACCGAUGAUUAUUUUAGCGAUGUGAAUCCCAGAAGUAUGAGACGAUUAAUGAAUAUAGUUUAUAUAACAGGACGUCUAUUGAAAGCGUUUCAUUUAGAAUUUAAUUGGUACCAUUUAGCCAGCUGGAUAAAUAUAACUGAACAGUGGCCUUAUAGAAUUUCUUGGAUGAUAAUAUUUCAUGACACCAACGAAGACACUAUCGACGAUUCCAUGUCAUUAAAAACAUUAUAUGAGAAAGUAAGACGUCAAAUACAAUUUUCAAAAGACGUGGACACUUUAAUUGAAAUGGAUAAAGACGAAAAAAAAUUUGAAAUAUUCUUAACAUUUCACCGAAACACGUUGUUAGUUAGUGACUUACGGAUAUUUUUGCCAUUCACCAUUAACUUGGAUCCAUAUUUAAGAAAAAUAAUUAAAGACGAAAUGCAAAAUUUUGAUGAGUCUUCACUCCUUAGUGGGAUUUGUAGACCUAAUAUAACACAAAAUGAUUUCCAAUCCCGUAGAAUAAAUAAUCAACUGAUUAGGAAACAAAAAUCUGGAGCUAGGUCUGCCAGUCAACCGGAUAAUACUUCACAACAAACUAGUAUGAUGUUAAACGAACAAUAUUCAUCAUUUUGGAACCAAUCAAUGCCCAAUCGAUGGCCUUCGACUUUUGAAGAAUUACCGAGUCAUCAAAAUUUACCACCUUCUUCUUUAUCUGAUGAGUUAACUAACGUUAAACUAUCGUCGUCUAGUGUGGACGAUAUGUGUAAGUUGUUAACUAGGAUUAAAGACUUGCAAGAAUCAAACAUUCCAAAGUAUAUGCAAAUAAUAAAAGACAAUAAUCUUACGGGUUGUGUACUUUUACAUUGCAAGUUGGACGAUUUAAAAAAUGUGUUGAAAAUGAAUUUUGGCGAUUGGGAAUUGUUUCGUAUUGUUCUAAUGGCCUUACGCGAAAAAGAAUAUUUUAUUAACAAUGAUAUUACUUACAAUACUAGUUUCAAACAUGCAAGAUCGAACAGUUCAAAAUCUCAAAUACUCGAUAGAAGAGGUUCUGCCCAUAACAAUAGUUGUACUCAAGCUACAGCCAUGAAUGAAAAAGAUAGUAAAACCGCUAAGGUUUCAUCGGUCGAAAAGCAAGUGACUCUGGAAGAGCAAAUGAUUUGUGGUGCAUUACAAACUCUUAAUGAAGAAGCGUGUGAAGACGUUUUGGAAGAAUCCGAAGAACAGGGUACGAUUGCAACGGCUACUUAUUUGCAAGUACCUCAUCAGCCAAUCGACAUAAUUACAGGUGAUGGGUCAGUAUGCAGUACGACUUCAAGCACAGAUAAUGGAGGGGACAUUGAUGCAUUUUUACUUCAAAGUUCGCCCCAUCAUGGCGUCAUUCAGUAUCCGGGACUGCAAUACGAUGGAAUUUGUUCAGCUCCAACUAAUUCAUUGAAUAAUACGCCAAUCCUAUCAAGAAAAAGUCUUGCCGAAUACAAAGCUUGUGUCAUAACUACGGCAAAUGAAAAAAAUGGGAAACCGUUUUCACUAAAAUCCAUCAAAAGACCAGCAUCGCUAGUUAUGAAUAGGUUAGACGAUACGGAGGGUGUACUGGAAAUAAAAAACCCAACCCAAGUGCGUUUUAGUCCUGCCGAAGAUAAACAACAUAAAACUAGCAGUGUAAUAAAGCAAGGUAUUGCGGGAUCAGUCGGUAUGUUGAGUUGUUUAGUGGCCAGCACUAGUUGGAUACAACCUCCGGCUGUGACAAUUUCCCCGGUUUGUAGCCAUGAAAAACUGCCAACAAGUUCUUCACAAGAAAUUAACACUUCUGCAGUGUGUGCAGCUGGAAGUAGCGAUGACGAAAGCACUCCUUUAGUGUCGGAUAUGUCUUCCCCGCAGUCUGAUCAUGUACAAUCAAACACAGAUAGAUCCGAUAAAGUGUAUACAUUCAAUGGCAUGUUUUACAAGGAAAACUCGCAACAUUCAUUGACGUCUCAGUUGUCGUCAAAAAGUACAGAGUCUUUACAGUUAAGAUCUGAAGGAGGUGGAUGUUCUUUCGACGAGAACGUAGAUUAUCCACGUAACGCCAAUGUUCUUCAAUCGGUGUCCAGACGAGUAUCAGUCGACAGUAAUGAUAGCAGUGUAGGUCAUUCGUACGAAUGGACUGAUCCCGAGACUAUGGUGUAACAUUUGUGUCUUGUGUUUUUUACCAGUAAAUCUUUUAACUUUUUAACCGUAGUAAAGAUAUCGUACAUAGUAUUUUAUAUUUUGUCUACACGACAAAUACUGUUCUUAAACCAACUAUAAUUUUUGUUAUAAACAAAAAGUUGUUUAUUUUAAGUGUAAGUUUAAGAGUUUAGCUUUUACGUAACAUACGCCUUUGUGAUACUAACUUCUUACCUUUAACAUUUAUUCACUUAGUUAUUCCUACGCAAUAUUAUCCUUAUAACUAUUUUACCAUUGUAUUCCCACCUUUUUUUUUGCUUUGUAGUUUUACUUAUUUGAUGUACUUAAAAGUGUACGUAGUUUUUUUUUUAAAAACAUGCAAAUUAUAUUAUGUAGUUAUUAUAAAUAAGGUCAGUCACAUAUAUUAAUUAGAUAAUACCUAUAUUAUUCUCUAUUAUCGGAAAUUCAAUUUAUCAAUAAAUGGAGAGGCUCACAGUUGGGGAACUUUUCUGUCCUAUUAGUAUGUUUUUCAUACACUGUAAUAUUAUUUCUCGUAAGCAAUGUUUUUGUUAUGAAAAAAGUGUGUCAAAAAUUGUUUGAUAUGUACAUCUUUUCUAAAAAAAACAUUCCCUCUUCCAUAUUGAAAUCUUCCGUCCGUUUGCUUCUAGCAGUAUUGUAUUUUUCUUUUACUUAUUACUUAUAAUAUAUAACCCCAAAUUUUGUACGCCCGCUGAAAACUAUAAAAAAAACUUUUUUGGUUGUACUAUUUUUUUUUUUUUACAAAUGCCGAUAAUGACUUUUUUUGUCAACUCUAUGUAUACUGGGAUAGAUUAUUAAAACAAAUUGUGAUACGAAACUACAUAAGAGCCAUUAUUAGGAACUUAUUUUUUAACUUAUUUUGUUGAAGUCAUAGAAUAAAAUUAUAUUACUUCUUCGAUUUUAACUAUGUGAAGCAAUAAAUU